CCUCUGUGAAUCAACUUGUUGACUCGAAGACGAACAUUGCCUAGUCUACUCCAGCAAAACGCACAGCCACGACUAUCAGCUGCAGGUAUGGACUUUUCGGCAGCUGCGUUUGAUCCUGAACUCAUCGAUCCUGAGGUCAAUGCACUCAACCAAUAUCUGAUUCAGGUCUGCCAGAAGGAAGCCGACGAGAAGCUGAAAUGGUGGGAUAUCGGUGCCCAGGAGUAUCGAGACAGAUUUGCUGCUGGACUCUGUGCCGUUCCCAAGCCUGUUAUUUUGGAGCAUCGCGAUGUGCAGAUACAGUCGAGAGACGCUGGCCGGACCAUCCCCGUUCGUGUAAUGUCUCCUGGAGACGAGGCAGCGGCCAAGGGCAUCUUCAUCCACAUUCAUGGUGGUGGCUGGGUCCUCUUUUCUGCAGCAAGUCAAGACCCGUACUUGACACGCCUAGCAAAAGGAACUGGAUGUGUGGUGUUGUCCAUUGAGUACAGGCUUGCACCAGAGUACCCUAGCCCGAGCCCUGAGAAUGACUGCUUUGAUGUGUGUGAAGCAAUUCUCAAUGGGACAGAUGGUAUUCUGCCUACCAACAGCCCAGCAAGGAAGCGAAUUUUUGCUGGUGGUGAGUCUGCAGGUGGUCAUUUGACCAUGCUGACAGCCCUGGCCAUCAAGGCGAAACUUGGCAAGUCGUUGAAUGGACUAGUCCUCAACUAUGGUGUUUUUGAUCUUUCUGUUACGCCAUCUGCAAUGCAGUCGACAGUUCCUCUGGUUUUGUGCAGAGACGAUAUCCCUGCCUAUUUGAAAGCGUACCUGCCGGAUGCCAAGACGACUGAGGAUUUCCGGGAUCCGGCCAUCUCGCCACUCUAUGCCAAGCUCGACGCUGACUUGCCUCCUGCUUUGUUCCAAUGCGGCACGCUCGAUUGUUUCUUGGACGACACACUGUUUAUGGCUGCAAGAUACACAGCUGCCGGCAACCGUACCAUUACCAAAAUCUAUCCGGGUGCCUCACAUGGUGUGACGACCAUCUUUCAAAAACAGGGACAGGCAACUGUAGAUGCCAUGAUUGCUUUUGUCAGCGAGUUGCUUUAGUAGUCAUCUAGCCGUCACCCUGCAUUAGAAAAGUCAGGGGAUUGCGUCUCGCCCAUCUGAAGUGAAGCAUGCACGUGUUUCUUGGCUGGCCAGGGGUCGACGACUGCGCCACAGCUGUCAUUCCUGGCGGUUGAUGAGUCAAUGAUGGGUCCUAGCAGCAGCUGGAGAGUAGAUGGUCUUGUGUAACUGUGUGCUGUGUUUGUGUAGAGAGGAUGGAGGUGCCUGCCUACUGAACAGCCAUUACCAGUACAAGAUACAGCAGUAUACUCAGUAUAUUCAGUAUUCUGCUGCUGAUCUGUCUUGCUCGAAAUAGCACUCCGGAGGCUGGCCCGCAGACAAAGCAGAAAAUACAAAUACAAGU